AUGCUGGCAUCAAAUCGCUGUCGAUCGCUUGCGAGGCUUCUCUCCCGAGCCGUCCUGCUGGAGAUGCCAUUGCUGCUUGCGCUCGGCGAAUCUUCCAAUAUUGAGGUGGACAGUCCGAAUCAGAACGCUGCUGUGGUCGUCUCCGUGGCUCCCUUGACCGGACCAGGACUAUCGACAAUGACAUAUCAGAACAUUGUCUCAACUCCCACAACCACUUCUUGGGCGGUUCCAUCCAGCUCGAUGCCUUCCUUUGCGGAUGGCCAGUCAUCUUCGGUCCCAAGCUCUCAGCCUUUGACGACAGUCACCGGGAUACUGUGGGAGAAUGUUACAAGUACCUCCUUCGUCACCCAAGGAUCAGACUUGCCCACCUCCACGAGCUCUACUGUUGCUUCAGCUCUUCCCUCGGGUCCCAUUUCGCUUGCCACAUCAGCUAUUGCCGAUUCAUUUCGACCUAGUAAGACUACUACGACGCUCACGACACGAUUUAGGACGACACUGUACGUGACAAGUGUUACCACGGCGCCGCGUUUGAAUACUACACUGGCGAAUCCUAUGUGGAGCGACUGGACAAAUGGUGCCCCCAGUCCAAGCAAGUCCUGGCCAGCGUGGAUGAAUUCCACAGCGUCACGAAUCAUCCCGAAUAUGUUCUCAUCAGGUCCACCUUCGGCAACUUCAACCGUCAAGGGAGAGUCCCUGCCUGUGGCGACAGUCACGGUGUAUGCCACAUCUCCUUUGCUAACAGACUCGCCCACGACAACAGUUACUGUGACAGUCUUGGCCACAUCGACCGAGACAAGGCUGAAUAGCCUGACCUCCGGCUCAAGCAUGGUGUCGACUGCUGGUGCAACGAAUCUCAGCCCGCACACGAGCACGACAUCCGUGGCUAGUGUUCAUACUCCGUCCUCCGCCGUCAAUGCCACAACGAGUUCAAACGUUGGACCGUCCCUUUCGCUUCAAUUACCCAGCGGAGUGUUCUUGUCGACAGAGACCAACGGAGUGGUCUACUCAUACAGUGGCUAUGUGUCUGCGAAUACCACCCACUACGUGAGCGCUCUGGGACCCGUCACCACGACGUGCGUGCCUACAACUAUAGUCACCUAUUACGAUGCACGAGGAAACGCUACUCGCACCGUACCACAGUGCGGGCCUGGGAUUGGCCCAGCUGUAACGCCGGCAUCUGGGUCUACGGAUCUAGAUACUCCAAUACCACAAGCAACCCCAAGCUCGACCGCUUCGCUCCCAACCACAAAUCCGCUUCCAACAGCCCCUGCGGCGUCGCUGUCUGGGGCGAACCCUGCUCCUCCACCCCUGAGCGCGCGUCCGAGCGGUUCUCCGGCGUGCAGCCUCAUCUUCGGAACGUCCGCCCCUCAAGGCUGCACAUUGACACCAGCGAUCACGAGCCACGCGAGCGGGGUUGCCAGUGCGAUGCCCCGCCUUUGGCGCGACGGUGGCGUCGACAGCGCUGCUUACACUAUAGUAACGAAGCGGGACCGAGCACAAACUCGAGUGGCUACGACUUUCCCGAGCACUGGGUUCGCGGGAGGACAACCGACCACGCUUAUCACCCUGCCUCGUUCGCGGUCGCCGCCUCCUCACGCGUGA